UAGUCAGGCGGAACGCAUGUAAUCCGUUUUGUUGCAGAGUAGAAACUUUAAGGGGAAGUACCAGAGCAGCUAUCCAUAGUGCUAAACACAGGAAGAGCGGUAACUUUCGUCUACUACCGUGCAGUGGGUCAAUGCACAGAAACGGUGUGUUGUCCCCAAUUUAUUAUUUACACUGCUUGAUAAUCAGUCAGAAAUCCAGCCACACUGCUCGCAACAAUAUUCUCUGGAUUGGACCUCAUGUAUUGGGCUGUUACUUCCCACCAUGCCACUGCAAGGCCUUUCAUUAGCCCAUGGAAAGCUGUUUUUGCGAAGCCCAGAGCCAAGGAGCCUCCGUGCUGGUGUUGGAAGAUGUCACAGUUAUCAAUGAGUCUCCACACUUUCACAAGAAAGAGCUGUGUACAUCAGGAUAGCAAGCAGGGGAGCACCAUCCCUACGGGAGGAGCGUUGCACACACCUGUCAUGAUAAAAGAGGUGCUGCACUGUUUGGGCCUCAAGCCAGGACAGGUUUUCCUGGACAUGACCUUUGGAGCAGGGGGUCAUACCAAGGCAAUUAUGAAUGCUACACCAGAUGUAACCGUGUAUGCUUUGGACCGUGAUCCUAUGGCUUUUCAAAUGAUCCAGCAGCUAUCUGAAGAGCACCCAAGCAAAGUCAACUCGUUGCUUGGACGGUUUAGUGAGCUAAGAGCACUGCUGUCCCAGCGUGGAGUUGGCCCUGACAGUCUGGAUGGUGUUCUACUGGAUGCAGGCUGCUCUUCGAUGCAGCUUGACUGCCCAGAGAGAGGCUUCUCCCUCAGCAGAGAUGGACCCCUGGAUAUGAGGAUGGAUGGAAACAGGUACCCCGACAUGCCCAACGCUGCUGACGUGGUGAAUGCCUUAGAUCAACAGGCGCUUGCGUCCAUCCUGAGCACGUAUGGGGAGGAGCGGCAUGCCAAGAAAAUAGCUUCGGCGAUUGUGGAGGCACGCAGCAUCUACCCCAUCAGCAGAACCCAGCAGCUGGCCAGCAUCGUGGCAGGAGCGUUUUCCGCCUCUGCCCUGUAUGCCCGUAAAGACCUGCUCCAGCGCCCGGCUCACGUGGCGACCAAGACCUUCCAGGCUCUGCGCAUCUUCGUUAAUGACGAGCUGAACGAGCUGUACACAGGCCUGCAGGCUGCCAGGACCUUACUCAAGCCGGGCGGGCGGCUGUGUGUCCUUACCUUCCACUCUCUGGAGGACCGCGUUGUCAAGCGCUUCCUGCAAGGGACUGACCCAUUCAACCCGCCCAGCCGCAAUGUCCGCAAGAGAGUCCAUCAGGGCAGGGCGUCAGAACUGGAGGAGGAAGAGGAGGAGGCGGCCGCCAGCGCUCACUGGGUUUAUCUGCACAAGGGGGUGAUCACGCCCCACAUGGAGGAAGUACAGGAAAACCCACGAGGACGAUCAGCUAAACUCAGGGCAGCCUGUAAAUUAUAGAGACGAUAGCCUUACUUUUUUAUUUAGCUUCCCUUUUUUUAUUUCAGCGACCGGGAUAGAUCUGUGUAGCUGGAGAUAUAUGAAGACUCAAGUAAUUAUUGUUCUUUGAAAUGUUUUAUUCUUGUCUGCAGAACAAGUGUAAUGACUUAGACUUGUGAUCACACAAGCAGUGAAAUAAAUGGAAAUGCUUUCAA